UAUCUCUGCCCGCUUCACAGGACUCCUGCUUCACCAUGGACAAUGCUGGAUACAGCAAGUGGGGCGGCGGGUCCCAGGACCUCCCUGGAGGGCACUGGGGAUGCUGGGAGCACUGCAAGCAACGAUUUUUCUUCCUGGCCCUGGUUCUCCUGGUGGCCACAAUCCUAUGGGCUUUCAUUCUGAGCAUUCUGUUGUCCAAGGCCUCUGUGGAGCGCCGGGCGCUGGUGGGCCAACAGGACCUGCUGGAGACGAACGCCUCGGAACAGACAGUGGUGCUGGGUGCCUUGAAGGAGGAGGUCGGAGCCUGCAACAGCUGCUGCUUGGGGACCAAGGCGAAACUGCAGACCACUCUCACUGAGCUUGGGGAGACACAGGCAAAAGUGCUACAGCAGGAGAGCGCCCUGAAAGAACUGCAGGAGCGCGUGACCCAGGGCUUGGCUGAAGCCGGCAGGGACCGAGAGAACGUCCGCACUGAACUGUUCCGGGUGCUGGAGGGCAUCAAGUUCCAGAACGGUUCCUGUGAGCCGUGCCCCAAGUCCUGGCUGACCUUCCAGGGCUCUUGUUACUUCUUCUCCGAGCCACCCAGCUCGUGGGAGGCGUCGCUGCGCCUCUGUGCAAACCUAAGCGCUCACCUGGUGAUCAUCGGGGGCCUGGAGGAGCAGGGCUUCCUGAGUCUGCACACUCGCGGCCUGGGCUACUGGCUGGGCCUGAGGGCUGUGCGUCACUCUGGCAAGGUUCAGAGCUACAAGUGGAUCGAUGGAGUCCCGCUCAGCUUCAGCCACUGGAACACGGGAGAGCCCAAUGACUCGAGGAGGCAAGAAGACUGUGUCAUGAUGCUGCACUCGGGGCUGUGGAACGACGCACAAUGCAGCAGUAAAAUGGACGGCUGCAUCUGUGAGAAGAGGCGCAGCUGCUGACCAGAGCCACGCCCACCGGCGCAGUUGGCUCCCAGGUGCUCAGAGGCCUCUGCUCCAACCUCACAGGACCCUGCACUCCCACCCCUCCGCCAGCUUCAAAACUCCCUUCUCCUAAUCCCGGGUCACCUGAGCCCACCUCUCUUCCUAGUCGAGAAAGAGAAGGAUAGACUGGCACCCUGUCAUCCAUCCCAGACUUCACAGCAGGACACAAGGCCCUGAGGCAGGGGGAGGAAGGAGGAACUCCCCUGAUGAGAUUAUCUGGUCCCUUUUGCUCAAAGCACCUAGCUCCCGGGACUGUCAGGAAACAUCCCAGAGAAACUGGGUUUUUGAGAAGUGAUGGGAUUUCUGCAGGUGGAGCUAGGAAGGUGGCGGGCAGGUAGGGAGCCGGGAGUAGGAAGCAGAACCCAGCAGGAGGGAGGCUGUCAGUUGGGCAGAAGGAGUGUGGAGGUGUGGGCUGCAAAGAGCCUGGCUGGAACAAGUGGGGACUUCUGAUCUGAAUUCACCCUGCACUCCCAGAGUUUCCUGCUUUCAUCCUGAGGACUUGGGGGCUCUCUGAGAAUUUCCAAAAAAGCAGAUGGAUGCAACAGAGGACAGUAACAGGCCAGCUGCUCCCAGUUCCCUGCAGAACUGAGUCCAUAACUGAAGGCUGCUUUAGUUCCCAGAAUGCCUGGCGGUGGCAGCCUGAGGCAGCAGGAGAGGAACACCAUUCCAGAUACAGCCUCUACCCACUGUGCCUUAAAUCCCCUCCUCUCCCCUCCUAUUCAGUCCCAACCCCCAGCCCUGCUCCAGGCCACCACGGACCUGUUGUCUAUCGCCAUCAAUGUGACUCGUCUUUUGUAAAACUCCAUAUACAUUGAAUUACAUACGACACAUAGCC